AUGCAGCGGAUGCCCUUACUCAGGAAAGCAUCAUAUGGUGGCUCAUCGCCGACUACAGUCGACCUUUCGCGGCCAUCAUUCGAACAGGAAGGCUUAGGCAUUUUUGCGAAAUACGACAAGGCAGCAGUUGGGACUGAAACAAUUAGCCAUCCUCCUUCGGGGAAAAGCCCCUCGGCUUUUUAUCGUCAAUCUACAAGUGCAAUGUCCCAAGCGUCCACAGCCAGCAGUUCGGCCAUGAAUAAACCAGGCUCACAAUAUGUUCAUCCCAUGCGUCUCGCUCCACGUGCUUAUACGCCACCAUUAAAUCAAUCGUGCCAAACAUCCAUACUUGAGAGCGAUGAUUCUCCCAAGGAUCCAUUUGCGGGGAGCAAUUCCCCGACACACAAGACACCCCGACUAUCGCUACAGACUCAUGAUAGCUCUUCCACGAGGUCGCCUGGGGUUUCUCAGACGAAUAUAACCGGCCGUUCAUCUUUCGGAUACUCACGAGACAACGGAAGCACCUUGGAUACAACGUCACCGGUAUCUAGGUCAUCUUUGGAUUUUGUUUUCCGAUCUAAGACGCGUACGAGCAUGGACCCUAUAGCUCGGGCGGCUACGGUACAAGCAGCACGUCAGGCUUUCGAAGAGAAGGAGGCAGCUAAAACAUGGAGGUUUGAGGCUCAACAGAUGAAGGCAGAGGAAAAGCAAACAAAGCAAAGGGGGAAACAGCAUCUGCAGACCAGGUUCACUGGUGAUGACGUAGAUCUGGAGGACGGACAAAAGGAGGUAUCUGACAAGCCGCAACCUUCAACUUCGCAGUCAGAAUCAUGCCCAGAGACCUGGAGAUCACAACCUAAAAAUACAUGGGUGCUCUUUUUAACGUGGUUACGAACUAGGAUCUUCAAAUUGCGAAGAAGGAUUCGAAGAUUAGCGUGA